UCGGAGAGCGGCGGUUUUGGAGGAAACUCGGCUCGUCUCGUCUCUCUCUUCUACAGGACGCUGACUUGGUCUUUAAAUUGGCUCUGCUUGGAGGCUGAAUCAACUCUUCAGGCCCUGCGAGCCCCGUAGCAGUUUCAGCAGGGCUGGACUGCUCUCUAUACUGAUCGCAGAGUGAGAAAGGAACUACGAGGAGAGGGGCAAGGGAAAGGAAAGGAAAUGAUCGAUCUUCAUGGGUUUUUAGUAGUUGAGUGGGGGUAAAGAGGUGGAAAGAAGUGGAAAGGUGCGAUCUUUAUGGGUUUUUCGUAGUAAAGUUCGGAUUUUUGUGUUUGCGGUAUGACGUAUUGAUAUUUUGGUCUUUCUUCUUCUUCUUUUUUUGUUAUUUUAUUUUGGAUCUCCCCCCACCUUGUUUUUACUGUCUAACUUGGUUUGGUCUGCUAGUGGAUGGGUCGGUCAGUCGGUGUUAGAUUCUAGAGGGAAAGAGUCACCACAGAGAAAAAUCUUAGAGACGUGUGAAGAAUUUUAGUUUAUUUGCAUUUAUGGCUGCUGGUGAAAGGUGAUCUUUAUAUUGGUGGAAGCUAACUUUUUUCCAAGAAAAUCUGUCUUUUUUUAUUAUUUUUGGUGAUUUUUUAUGUUUCUUUGUGCGAGGGCUUGGUUUUUGUUUAGUUUUUCAAAUGCAGUGGAUAAAAUAAACAAGUGUUCUUACUUCUUAGUGAUUUUAUAUUUGAUUUCUGGUUUUCUUUGAAGAGUUUAUAGCAAUUGGGUAUUCUUUUUGAAGUCUAGAAGCGCCUUGCUGAACUAGAAAGUGGGAGGAUUAGAGGGGAUUUUGUUGGUUUAGUAAUCAUAGUUACCCUUUUGCUUCUGUUCUUCUGGUAUAAGAACUUUAAAAAAUCUAGUUUCCUCUGUUCUAAAACUUAGAAGAAUAGGGACUGAGGAGGUCUUAUCAAAGAAACCCCUAAAGGGGAAACAGAAGAAAGAAUAAAAAGGAGACCUUCGGGUCAUUUCUGUUAUCUUGGAUAUGGUUGCUUACCUUUGAUGAUCACUGAGGAGGAUUCUCCAACCAGCCUAGUUCUCUUUUUGUGCUUCUGAUAUCAAAGUUUCCAAGACAUUACACUGAGGAGGAGGUAUAGAGCAGUUAGCAACAACAAAAUCCCCAUGUCUGAUUACACUUGCCUUCCGUCUCCCACUGCCAAUAAUAAAAGGCCCACAGCUUCCUCUCUCUUCCCCUCUCCAAGGCUCUUUUCAGGUCUUUCUCCAAAGGGUCCUUCUGAUUGUGAGGCUGCCAUGAGCCCAACCUCCAUACUAGAGACCAAACCCUUCAUUGGGAACCCCUUUUUCACUGAUAGGAACCAAAGAAGGUCCAUCAGGGAUGCUAUUGCUCCUACCACUGCUAAUCAGAGCAGACAUCACCCUUGGGACAAUGGAGACUCAAAAGCUAUUGGACUUGGCCUUGUUGAUGCUCUCAACAAUGAAAAAAUUGAUAAGCAAGCCAGCAAGCCAGAGAGCAGGAUGGUGCUUUUUGGCUCGCAGCUUAAAAUUCAGAUUCCUCCUAUCCAAUCCAGUUCCAUUUCUCCAUCCGGUUCGAUCGAAUCUCCUCGUUCACCAAUAGAAUUUGGCAUCAAGACUAAGAAUUCCCAGUUGGCUUUGUACUCUCCUGCCCGGAGAUCUCCAGUGGGGUCGACCAACAUGGAAGCUGUUGUGCCAACUUCUUCUCCUCGCCUUUUCACCGGAUGCCUCACUCCAAGUGAGAUGGAGCUCUCAGAGGACUAUACUUGUGUGAUCUCUCAUGGUCCAAACCCAAGGACCACUCACAUAUUUGACAAUUGCAUUGUGGAGAGCUGUGGUGAUGGAUUCGUUGCUUUGAGGAAGGAAAACAGAUCCUUGGCUGAUAAUUCGGGCUAUACUUCAGAUGAUUUCUUGAGCUUCUGCUAUGCCUGCAGGAAGAAUCUGGGGCAGGGAAAGGACAUUUUCAUGUAUAGAGGUGAAAAAGCAUUCUGCAGCCGUGAGUGCCGUUACCAGGAGAUGCUGUUUGAUGAAGAGAUGGAGAAGUGCUCAGGAGACCUCUCAGAUUCCCUCUAGAAGGACCUUUUGGAGAAGAUGAAUCAAAUCCAGAGUGCUUGGCAGUUCUGUCCAAUUGCAAGGUGUUGAAAUGUUAUGCAUGUAGGACUGUCUCUUUAACAUGAUAAUUUUGAAUAAGUGAUUGGCUGAAGAAUCUAGAUUGUCCGUGGAAGCAUGGAGUUUUUUCAUCCGGUGUUAUAUGCCUUCUUUCUUUAACCUCUUGUAUAGUUGCUAGAUACACCAGAUGAGCUUUUAUUCAAAAGCUAAAAAAUUGUGGUGGGUAGCUAUUUUUGUUCAUAAAACAGGAAAUGGUUUAUAAAUCAAUAGGUUAAGGUGGCUAUGUGAUUAUUGAUCUGAGAUUUUAUUUUGGUUUUAUCCAGAAGUUGGUAGGGAAGAUAUUUCCAGAAAGCGAAGAGAUAGUAAGAGCACCAUUUGAGAUGUUAUCACCAAGAGCAUCAUUUUUUGGAACUUUUAUCACCUAAAUCCAAUCCUUAUUUUUGGAAGGGAAACCUUAAGAUCGCAGAUGGUUUUCAUUGUGCUAUUAAUUGCAUCAUUGGUAAUGGCUGAUGGUAUCUUUGGGAGGACAGACUGUUGGAAGAUUUCCCUAGUUAAUUGGAUCUAUUUUCACUUGUAUUUGCUCUACAAUUAAUGAUGAAGGUACAGUGGUGCUGACAGGUUGUUGGGAUGGAACAGUUCAGGAAGCUCUAAGGAAUAUCAGUGAGCAGCAAUUUGUUUGGUCAUCUAUAACUCUAUUUUUUGGGAUGGGUGAAUCCUUCUUCAGAUGGGAACAGUUCUGAAUGCAGGUGGAGUUCACACCCUAUCACUUGUUUUUGUUUUUGCCCUUUUAAGAUUCUUGAACAUGGCUGGGUCAGUGAUGGUUGGACAUUUGUAAACUAGAAGACUUUUGUAGCCAAGGAUGUUGGAGCAUUUACUAGGUUGCUAAGGUAUAGGCUUUUUAGUUUUUAUAGCUGAUAGUAUGACCAUGUCCAUAAUUCCUGUGUCAAUUGGUCGGGUCGAGCUACCAUUUUUCUCGAGGUGUAUCUCGGUGGAAAUUAUUUGGAUAAUUAUGAAGUGUAAGCUUGAGGUCGAUGGUUUCAUAUGGCAUCUUUAUGGUUAGCAUGGCACAAAAUAAUAAGAACAGGGCCUAACCCCCCCCAUCGGAUCAAGAUGCUCUAGGGGAAGUCCCUGCAAGAAACAAAAGAACUAAAUAUGCUUAUGUAUUGAAGCCCGCUACAAAAUGAGUGGCCUCUGUGGGAUGAUUGUCUCUGCUCCAAAAAGUUAAACCAUCCAACUCUUCUUGAAAGCCAAAUAUUUGUAAUCUUUUCUUAUUGGCAUGCUGUGCCUGGAAAUGGAGCUUCUGCAACUCUGGUUAACUGAACACAAUAACACAUUCUAAGGAAGGGAUAUCAAUUGCAUGACCACAUGCUAUUUUAUCUUGGUAAUGCAAUCAAGACUACGCAGGACCGGGGUCAACUCUUGUCCUUCUAUUUGCGGGACUUGGCCGGUUUCAUCCUCUGCGUGACCAAUUGCUCAUAUAAAAGCAAGCCAUCAAUAUUAAGUAAGGCAUGCAAGUCAUUGCAGCCAAUUAGCAUUUUUGAAGUUGUGCAUAAGGUAAUCACCAAAUGUUGAAGCCUUUGAAAGAACUCAAUUGUUUUCGGUUCCAUCCAAAUGAUGCUUCUUAACUCCCAGAGAUUAUGGUGCUGGAGGAUCUCCAGUCUUGGCAGAUGAGGAUGCUUUGGUUCCCCUAUAGUCCUGCUUACAUUCGCCACCAAGACCUCCAAGGCAUUGAAACUCGGAGGCAUGCCAAGGUUCUAUAGCUUAAGUGCUGGAGUUAAAAGGGUGGUCUCUCUUUGUAGAUCAUUUAUACCAAGCCAUCUUUUGCUUUGAUGGGUUGAAUCUUUGAAGCGCUUGAGGUGAUGCAACUUUCGUUCCAAGAGCAUGUCAGUAACCCCCAAGUAGGUUCACUCUGUCGGAUCUGCCUACCCAUACAGAGAUACACUUGGUACCCAUUGCUUUGAUGGCCCAUAUGGUCCUUUUGAGGCUGAAUAGGUAUUUGUGAUUGGAUUUGUGGUAUUUAUAAGUAAAUUUGGAUCCUUAGCCUAUCAAAGAUUUUAGGACUUAAAUAGGAGUAGUAUGGGAGGAUCCAUGCAGCAUGUAUUCAGACUCAUAUUGGUUAUGUACAAUGUGGAUCUUGGUUAUUUAUAAAGACCUAAAAAGCUUAAAUAAUACCUUUUAGUUAAUUCUUUU